CACAUAUCCCUCUGUGGAAAAUCAUGCCUACCGUCGCAGUAGACAAGGCGGACUUGUUUGAGAGACUUGGGAGAAACUACACGACGGAGGAAUUCGAUCAUCUGUGCUUCGAGUUUGGCAUAGAGCUGGAUGAGGACACAACAGAAGAGGUCGAGGAAAACAUCAAGAAGGGUCUUCCUGCCGAACGUCCCCAACUGAAAAUCGAGGUUGGCGCGAAUCGCUAUGACCUUCUCUGCUUGGAGGGCAUCUCCCGAGCGUUGCGCAUCUUCCUCCAGCUUCAGAAACCUCCUGUGUAUAAGUAUCGUAAGUUCGGGCCGGGGGAGAAGAUGAUAACCGCGACUGUCGCGCCCGAUUGCGCUCGCGUGCGCCCCUUCUUCGCCGGUGCGGUCCUCCGCAACUUGCACUUCACCCAACGCUCCUAUGACAGCUUCAUUGACUUGCAGGACAAGCUGCACCAGAACAUCUGCCGGCGGCGUUCACUCGUCGCUAUCGGGACGCAUGACCUUGACACUAUUGUUGCACCCUUCUCGUACGAAGCCCUCCCUCAGAACGAGAUCAAGUUCGUGCCAUUGAAUAAGAGUCAAGCAUAUACAUGCGAGGAACUGAUGGAGCUGUACAAGAGCGACAAGCACCUAAGCCGCUACUUGCACAUCACCAAAGACCUUCCUGUACACCCGAUCAUCUACGACACCAAGCGGCAGGUGCUCUCCAUGCCCCCCAUUAUCAACUCCGAGCACUCGAAGAUCACAUUAAACACGAGGAACGUGUUCAUCGAUGUCACCGCGACGGACGAGACAAAGCUCAACAUUGUCGUCAACAUGGUUGCCACGAUGUUCUCCGAGUAUUGCUCGGAACCUUUCACCAUUGAGCCAGUCCAGAUCAUCUACCCUGAUGAGAGGACAAAAAUCACCCCCGAGCUCACACCGCACAAGAUGGUCGCUCAUGCCUCGUAUAUCAACGCCUGCACCGGUCUGUCUAUCACCGCGAAAAAGGCUGCCACCCUCAUUGAGCGUAUGUCCUUGCACACGUCCCUUUCUCCCAACUCGUCCGACGAGAUCCUCGUCGAUGUCCCGGCUACACGGCCCGACAUCCUGCACGAGUGCGAUAUAAUGGAAGAUGCUGCAGUCGCAUACGGAUUCAAUAACCUGAAGAAGACUUUCCCCUCCACGUCUACCGUCGCACAGCCGCUCGCCAUUGGCAGGCUAUGCGAUAUUGUCCGCCGAGAGUGUGCCCAAGCCGGAUGGAUCGAGGUCCUCCCGCUCAUCCUCUGCUCGCAUGAUGAGAACUUCGCCUGGAUGAACAGGAAGGACGACGGGAAGACCGCCGUGCGGCUUGCGAACCCCAAGACGCUCGAGUACCAGGUCAUCCGUACUUCACUCCUACCGGGAAUACUCAAAACAGUGCGUGAGAACAAGGCGCACGCUCUGCCUAUACGCGUGUUCGAGACGAGCGACGUGGUCAUCCAAGACCUGAGCAGGGAGAGCCAGACGAGGAACAUUAGGAAUAUGGGUGCUGUAUGGUGUAACAAGACUGCGGGUUUCGAGAUCGUCCAUGGACUAUUAGAUCGCAUUAUGGCAAUCCUGGAGAUUCCCAGAAUUCACGAGAAGGAGAGUACCGACUUUGGCUACUAUAUCAAGGAAACACAAAAUCCCACUUUCUUCCUUGGCCGAGCCGCCACUAUCCAUUAUCGUCCAAAGCCGGCCUCGUCGCACCAGGCAGUGAACAGCUCCAUGGCAGCAGCUCUAGCCGAACCUGCUGUGUCGAAAGGAGGUACCUCCGUCCCUCUAUACACACUCCACGCGCAACAGGCGAACAGCUUGUCGACAGUAGACACACUCAAGACGGCAUUGUCUUCGAUCGCCCCUUCUGUGAACGACAUCCAGCUGGGUAUGCUGGGCAUCCUCCACCCAACUGUGCUACAGAAGUUUGAGAUCGACUUCCCGUGCUCGGCGCUAGAGCUCAACUUGGAGCCCUUCAAGAAAGAAUCGUUGAAUGUAUGGGGCCAGUAGAUAUUUGUAGAUUGAAUCAUUGCGAUAGCCGUAGAUGGUACCGACUGAGAAUAUACCUUCGGGAGCAACAUUUCCAGACAAAUCUCUUAGCUAUCUGCUUCUGAGCCUCACAUUGGUUUACUAGUUCAACAUAUGUCCCUACCACAGAGGUCAUAGUCCUAGACCCUCGGUCUU